AUGAUGGCGGCAGCUCCCAUUCAGCAGAACGGGACCCAUACGGGGGUUCCCAUAGAUCUGGACCCGCCGGACUCGCGGAAAAGGCCGCUUGAAGCGCCCCCUGAAGCCGGCAGCACCAAGAGGACCAACACGGGCGAAGACGGCCAGUACUUUCUAAAGGUCCUCAUACCUAGUUAUGCUGCUGGAUCUAUAAUUGGGAAGGGAGGACAGACAAUUGUUCAGUUGCAAAAGGAAACGGGAGCCACGAUCAAGCUGUCUAAGUCCAAAGAUUUUUAUCCAGGUACUACUGAGAGGGUUUGCUUGAUCCAGGGAACGAUUGAAGCACUGAAUGCAGUUCAUGGAUUCAUUGCAGAAAAAAUUCGAGAAAUGCCCCAAAAUGUUGCCAAGACAGAACCAGUCAGUAUCCUGCAACCUCAGACCACCGUUAACCCUGAUCGCAUCAAACAAACAUUGCCAUCUUCCCCAACUACCACCAAGUCCUCUCCAUCUGACCCCAUGACCACCUCCAGAGCCAAUCAGAAGCAUAGCUCCUGGAUCACAUGAAGCAAGCGUUAGACGAAGAAGAUCAAAUCCUUAAUUUAUUGAAAGACUUGUAGCUUAUCAAUAACAUUUCAUUCUUAGUAAUUUGUAGCUCUCUCCUGUACUCCUUCAUGGUAGGUUCCCAUCAGAGGCAGUAGUAAAGCAACAUCGUCUUUGUUGUUCAUUCACACUUUAAGUUAGAGCACCUCCUCCUUUCUUACGAAUUGUCCUAAUUAAUUUACUGAUUUCUGUCUGUAAAUACAAUCUAUUUAGGAAAAUAUAGCUUAAUGUAAUAAUCUUAAGCUUUACAAAAGUAAAAUACUAUAUAUAUAUAGAGAGAGAGAGUACAGUCAAAAAUUAACAUUUGUGUUGUUUUCUAAUCAACAUUGGCUAAAUGAUUUUGAUCAAGUUCUCGUUUGCGAUUAGUCAUUUGUAUUACUGAUAUGCAGAGAAGAAUUGUAAAUACGCAGAAGGUCUAGAAAUGAAAACCAUAACAGUAAUUCAGAGGAUAUGCUUGUUCUGCAGAGCCAUCAUUCUAAAACUUCCUACUGUAAACAUCAUUUCUAGCACUUGACUUUUAUUGAUGUUAGUCUUUAGCCUCCUUAACAUGUCUCCUUGGGUCACAAUGUCUGAGCACAGUAUAGUGCAAUAGUAACAUCCUUGAAAACAGAACAUCCACUGUGUGGUGAACCUUAGAAAUCAAUAGCAAGAAAGUGAACCCUAGAGCACACUAUUUGUGGUGAGGAGCUUGCCUUGCUCUUUACAUGCUGAGUAAGCCCAUGUGAAAUUCAGAUGCUAGACUCUAUUAGAGCCUUUCAUCUGACAUAUUAAAGUCCCCAGCUCUUUUUACAGUGCUUCAAUAUCGGAGUGUCUCCUUUAAAGGAAGUAUGAAAGAUAUUAGUCUUUAAAAGUAAAUUACUUGGUAAAUAGCUUAUUUUAAAUGUUCGAGUUAAUAACAUACCAAUACUAGUACUGUCUGUUUCUGCAGCCCCGGGUAUGUCUGUGGUCAGGUUCACUGCCCUUAGCUUAGGUUAUAAUUACAGUCUAGGGAGCAUGCCAUUGCUUGCGCUUAGUGGUGAUUCUCUAUUGGGAAAAGAAUGAAGUGUAAAGCUGACACUGCUACAUGUUAUUUCCUUUUUUGUGUUUAAUAUUUUAAAGUGAAUGUUUGCAGCUUUUUAUUUAUAAGGGUUUCAAGUGACAAAACUAUAAGGCAAAGGGAAUUGGUUAAACUUUCAGAAACAUCCACAAGAUCAGUAACAUUAAUCAGUUCCGAGAAGAUGAUUAUAUAUUCGGUCAUCUCAUCAUAGUUUUAUAAGUCAGUCGCUGUCAUAUAGUUAUCAGGAGGGGGCAGAGAUAAAAGGAGCAGGCUCAGAACUGUCUUUUCUUCCCCAUUUCUGCCAUCGACUUGCUACUUCCCCUUUCUUAACCUAUAACCUUACUUAUACUCCAGCGAAAUCAUUGAAGCCAUCCAAAGAGGACUUCCGUAAACUGAUGUUGACAGUAUUACUAGACCAACACUUCAUGUCCAUGCCUUUUGCCUUUUCAUUUAUUUCCACAGGCCUUACUCUCUCUGUUCCUACCAAAGUCAGUUAUUUCAGGUGCACAAUAAGCCUAUUCUUUUCCUAUUACCAAAGCAAAGCUUUUCUCUAAUUAUUCUUUGUCAAGUUUUGAUUCUACAUUACAAUAUUAUAAUUUGUCUGCCCUUGUUCUUUUCCUAUUUUUUAGAUUUUGACCCUCUCAUGCAUGUACACAGUGCAUUGUGGGCAUAUUUACCCUGCUCCUUACCUUUCUUCUCCCCUCCCACACCAGUCUCCAAUCUGAGAACACUGAACAACCUUCUCAUUAUUCCCUGUUUCCUCUACAAACUACUCCUUCUUGUUGUCCUUCAUAUCAAAUUCCACAAAAGUAUCUCUGCUCUGUUUCCUGUGUUCUUUUCUGUUCCUAAAUCUACCCCAGUGAGGCUCUUCUCUCCACCACUUACCACAUAUGCCGAGUGAUGCCCACACUGUAGUUGCAGGUGUUUGUUCUCAGUCCACAUGUUACUGGCCUGUCGGCAGUGUGUAUCCCAUUUGGUUACAUCCACUUCUGUGAUGUGCUUCCUGCUCUUGGAAUCCACGACUCAGCUUUGUGUUCCUUCCUGACUGGUCCUGCUUCCAGUGUCUUAUUCUCCUUCCUGUCCCACCUCACUGAUGGAUGUCCUGUUCUUUAGAGAUGACUUCUGGACAUCAUAUAUGUUGCCUUUUAUGUCUGCUGUAUACAGCAUGCGCUUCGGGCAUUUUGUGCUGCUUUCAUGCCUUACGUGCUACCAUAUAAAGAACACUUCUCACAAAUCCAAAGACUGGAAAGUCCAGACCCAGCAUGUAAGGAGAGCUCUCUUGCAGCAUGCUCACAUGGAAGAGGUAGAAGGUAGCGAAAAGAGCCAACACGCUGUCUUCUCAGAAAGCAUUCCCACAAAUAUAUGUCAUAUAGCAGUAGUAACCCUUUAGUGAAGGCAGAGCUUACAAAAUGUAUGCACUGCUGAACACCGUGGCCUCCAACGCCAUUGCAUUCGAGUGAAAUUAUAGCACGUGAACUAUGGAGAAGACAAAAGCUGUCUCUCAAACCACAUUCAAACAACCAUGAAUUAACAGAAUAUUUAUAUAGGCUCACAAGCUUCUUAUCACGUUUUAAUGUUCAUGAUUUAAAUUUAUAAUUUUCAAAAAUAUUUUAUGAAAUUUAAGCUUCAGGUCCCAAGUUCCUUGACCUUGCCUCUUGCAGUAACUCCAGAUGGCAUGCAGCUGCCUGCUUAAUAUUACCACUUACACAUGGGAGUGCUCCCUUCAUUUCAACAAUUCCAAACCCACCCUAAACCUCCUUUCAAACCGUCAAAUGUUUAUAUUCUCUUGCCUGCAUCUGAAUUGUUUUAAACCAGUUUACCUGGUAAAAUGCAAUCUACCCAGCAUCGCACCAGCACUUGAGAGGCUCUGUCUCUGACCCCAAAACUACCCCUCACUCACGCUGGGCAUUCGCAUCACAGACUUGAUAUUUCUUUCAGAUACUGACAGAUUCUCCCUCAGCUCUUGUCUUUCUUUCUGCAUGUGAAACUCUAAUUUCAGAAAGCUGUUUGCUUGAAACCAUUGUAGCAUUCCAAGACUAUUUAUUCCAAAUGCAUCUACUGCAGAAGACCACUUGGCUGCCUUGUGUAGUAUGCCUGUCUGGCUGCCCUCCCUCUCACCCCAGCAGUCCUAAUUACAUUCUUUAUGCUGCCUUUUGUUCUGCUGUCUUGGAAGAACUAUACACUUUCUUCCUAUAAUACCUGUUGUAUACUCUGUGCCCAAUCACUUCUUUAGAACAUGACAUUAUAUGACAAUAGGAAUUUUCUGUUUUAUUCUCUGGUGUAUGAAACAGAAUCUGGGGCAUACAUAGUAGGUCCUGAGAAGUACAUGUUGAGUGACUGCCAUUAAAUAUAUCAGGAUCAUAGGUUUUAUAGAAUCCUUCAAAUGAAACUUUGAUUCUAAUCAAGUAAAGAAAAGAGAAGAAAUUGAUUUGUUGAAUAAAGAGAUUAAGCCUAAAGAAUAUAUAGUCUUACUACACUUACCUUCUAUUCAACUAUGAUAACAUCCGUGAUAUCGUAACUGUUUCUCAAUUCCUAUGGAAAAAUUUUAAAAACCCAAUAGAAAAUGAGUGCGGUUCAGGAAAGGUAGUUGACAGAGAAGGAAUAGAAAUGUCCAGGAAAAGCAUGUUUAGCUUCACUACCAUCAGGCUCAGUUGCACUGUCUCUCACAAGGUUAACCUUCUUCUCAGAAUUUUUGUAAGUAUAUGUGAUACACAUCAGAUUCAGAAACAAGAUGUGUGCUCAGAAGUCAAAUGCUGUUAAGCACACGGGAAUAAGCCCUCAUGGGCAAUGUUAGUGACAGAAGUACUAUGGUGCAGACUUAAGAAUCUCACCUAAGAACUAUUCUAAUGUGGAGAUGUAUAGAUGUAUGAGUAUGUAAUUCAACAGUGUUUACACACUGUUGAAAACAACCUGACCUGGAAUAGUAUAAUUCUUGAAGGAUUUCUGGCGUUGCAGGCAUUUAUGUGUGAACAUAUGAAAGUGAUAGAAAAGACCCAGGUGAACUGGUUCAAUAGCUUUUGUCUGAGCUAAAAGGAAUCAAAUUACUAAGAAGCAGUUUACUUUUUCUAAUGGUCAGAAAAUGUCGGCCUUGUUCUGUGUUUGAGUGCAUCAGAGUAAUGGCAAAAAUAUGAAAAUUACUAGCAUUUUAUUCCUAUGUCUUUCCUCCUAAAAACUAAAAAUGACAACAGGAUGAAAAGGCAGGUAUCAAUUUACCAUGAUAUGUUAAAUAGAAAUUAGAAGUUUCUUGGGAGAGAUACUUGAUACUGUAGGUGCCUCCAAGCUGCAAGAUGCUCUCUCUACUUUACUGUACAUCUUGGAAUGUGCUAGUUUGUGUCAGGAAGGGUCCCUGGAGAGAUGCUCUGUCCCAGAGAGAUGCUCAUUUACUGUAAGGCAUUGUUUCAGGCUUAAAAUUAUGAAAAUUAAAUUAUUAUAUAAUACAUGUGUGUUUUUAUCUAUAUAAGUUAUAAGUUCUUGAGCCUAGAUUCAUUUCGAAGCUUCUUAUGGAGUUUUUAAUGUAAUGACACUUGGGGGGCAAGAUGACAUAAAUAUAUUUGAACGGUUUGAUACUUACAAAAGUUUCAGUGUUGGCAGUAGUUUAGGAUUGAGAGGGUUUGCUAAUUUAUAUGAUUGAAAGUACAAAGGCAUAUUAUUCAAAAGGUAUUUUCCGGUCUGAGGCUACAUUAGUAGGCUUACCCAUAGUAGACUUAACCCAUAGAAAGAUAGGGUUAGAUUUCUUGUCCUGGAGAUCUUUAUAUGCAAAUUAUAAUCAUGGUUUUUAAGAUUGUUUUCUGCUGUUAUAGCCAAAAACUAUGGGACUCCAUUAAGUAGAUGCUUUCUGUCCAUGCUUCCUUCAAUACCAGAACAUCUACUGUUAGUGUCGGUGUAGAAGUCUAUGCACACACAUGCAUGUUCAUAAUUAAGUAGAUGCUUUCUCUCCAUGCUUCCUUCAAUACCAGAACAUCUACUGCUAGUGUAGGUAUAGAAGUGUAUGCACACACAUGCAUGUUCACAAUGUGGCCUCAUAGUCACUUAUUUACUGAUCUGAUGCCUUUGAUGAUUUUAAAAGUCAGAGCUUUCUCCUCCCUUAAUAUUUUAUUGGUCAUUAUUUAAGCACUCUUUGCAUUCACCCUAUCUAGAUAACACUGUAUUUCCAUGACAUAAAGUUUCUCCUUAACUCUCAAGCUUUCUCUACUCUCCAGAGCCAUAACCAUUCAUUUGCUUGACAUUUUCACUUUGGUGUCUAAUAGAUAUUUCAAGCUGAAAGUGUCCAGAACAUAUUCCUUCCUAGCCACAUGUCCCAUGCUUUCUUCACAUCAUCUGCACACUGAACACAGACCCUGACUUUGUACAUAGGUAUGUUCACCUUUCACUCCUUAAGUUAAAUAGUGAAUUUGGUGAGAAAUAAAAACAUGAGAGCCCUAGAUUGCAUAUUGAUUUUUUAAUUUCCAGUUACACUUUCCUGGUAACUAGAACUAAGAAUCCUUCAGCGUAUGAUUUAGUAUGUAUGUACCAAAAUGGAUUUGGGAAGGCUUUAAUAUUAUCAUAAGUAGCCUUUUUAUUUAACCUGUGAACAAUUAUAAAUAGCCCUUCUUCUAUAACAAAACUUUAAUAAAAUCUUACUUUUAUAAAGCAGCAAGACUACUCUAAAUUAUUCUGACUUUUAAAAUAGAUUUCUCUGCCAUACUGUAUCAUUUUACACAUUCUCUGGUUCCCUGCAGUUGACUCUAACAGCUUUCCUUCGUGUAACUGUCUAGAGUGCUUGUCAUCUCAGAGUAACAGGGAUGGUUUGAGUGCUUCUGGGCUGGAAACCAUGGAUGGCUUCCUAUUUCCCAGUCCAGCUGCACCUCCCAAGCACUGAUGUAAUGCAACCUUAAAAUAGACGUCAUUUGGGGUUGGGGAUUUAGCUCAGUGGUAGAGCGCUUGCCUAGGAAGCGCAAGGCCCUGGGUUCGGUCCCCAGCUCCGAAAAAAAGAAAAAGAAAAAAAAAAUAGACGUCAUUCACAAAAAUGAAAACUGUUUUAGACACAAAGCAAAAUCACAUUAUUCAAAUAAGUCUAUUAAACCCUUUUCCCUUUAGAAAUUUAAUGGAGACUAUUGUUCAUUUUCUGUCCCUUCCAGAGCCAGAUAAAACAGGGUUCAGUCUUCCCAUCAUUAUCUUAGCUUAUACACUGAAUAAAAAGUGACGUGUAAAAUAAAAAUGUGUCAGCACCUCUACAAACACCCUACAGAUACUCAUGUGUAUCAGUUAAAGUAUUAAAGGUUAAAAUGCAAAGCCUGAAGCAAAAGGGAGGCCCAUUCAUGUUACAGUUACUCCUUGAGUGAGUCUGCAGAGGCCCACAUAUACUGUGCCAUCUUAACUAGCCUCCCUCACCACUUAAUCAAAUAACACUCAGUUCUAGAUGUCUCAAAGUAAUCUGACUACAUUUUCAUGGCUAAAUUGGGCUAACUACUUACACACACUAUGAAACUAGAAAAUAUGGCAGAAAGUAUACAUUAAUAGUAAAUGACCAUGUAGAGUCAGGCAGAUAGAAUAUACUUAUUUGUUUAUUUGCCAGUGUGACAGUAUUAGAUUUUUAAGUCACUGAAAACAUGGUAGUGGUAUUUUCAGAAACUUUCUGAUAAGAUAGGAACAUCACUGCUCUUAGCUUUUGAAUAUUUCAAUAUGUGCAUGAUGCAACUUGAAAUUUUAGGAUUUGAUAAUUAACAUUACUCUAGAUUAAAGAAAUCAGUUAGAAAUUAGAGAUAUGCAGUUAAGAGUCCUUACUUUGGGUUCAGUUCCUGGCACCCUCCCCCAAGAAGUCUUAAAAGAGAUAUGAUGCUCUUUUUUGGCCUCAGCGGCCGCCACAUAUAUCUGAUACAAUUAUAUACAUGCAAGCAAAAUACACGCAUGAAAUAAAUAGAUCCUUUUUCAAUUAAAACCUUUUGGAGUUAUGAGGUUUGAUUUUUUUUUAAUAGGUAGCUGAAGCUAAAUGACUGGUAGGAUAUACAAGAUUUCAGGGUGUGAGAGCACACAAAUUGAGGAAAACAUCAGUUGUAAGGAGAGAAAAAAACCUUUCAGUCAGCUGAAAGACACCGAAGAUCAAAGCAAAGAGAAACACAAUAAGUGCCGGAUACACUGAGGAAUUUACAGUUGGAAUGUGUACUAUGUGGGGACUUUUAUGUCUCCUACACAGAUGAUGAGACUCAGACAGGAAAAACUAGAAUUGAGGCAUAGCCUAGAGAAGUGUAUAGUCUACAGGGCAUCCUGGCUAGUUCAGUGCAGAAUCUUAUUGGGAAGAGUAACUGAAGGAUUUGAAUAGACUUUUUCCAGGAUUUUCAUAUAUGUGAUAAAACUUAAAAUAGGCAUCAUUUGCAAAAAUAAAUGAAUGUUUCAGAAGCAAAGCAAAAUGCUAUUGAGUCUAAUAAUUCUAGAAUAAAUUCUAUUUCAUCUUUAUAAUCACCUAAGGUAGAAUUAGGGUUAGAAUAUAAUUACAAAUCUUUAAAAGCAAUUUUCUGGGAAAAAGUCUACUAAAAUUAAUAACUGUUAAAACAUUCUUCCAAUAGCCUCUAUAAAAUAAAAUUAACUUAGGCAGCAACUUUGAAUAUAUUUGCCAUUCCUAAGAAGUAGUUUUAAAUUUGGAUUUUGUAAUUUUCAAAAAUUAAGCUAUUUUAAUCAUAGGACUAAACAAAAUUAGAAUCAGAAAAAAUAUUUUGUGUUCAAACAAAAUAAAGAAUAUGUCUAAGAUGUAUAAAUGCACUCACAUGUGCCACUCUGGAACAUGGAUUUAGGUUCAUUGCCUGCUUCCUUCAAGAGGAAUGGCCAGACCUCACCAACUCCUUUAAAACAUCCCUUUGCAGAUUUGGGUUCUAAGGUAGCAUUGGUGAUUCUUGCUUCAAAUUACCUAGUGAAUUACAAAAACAAACAAACUAAAAAGAUAAAUCUCAAGUUCAGAAACUAAACGUCCCCUCAGAUGUUAGAGGUGGUUUGGCCACCUAGUCUACCAUCUGUACCACAGAGAGAAUGAAGAUGCUACUUCAGUGCCCUGUCAGUGACUGCAGUUGCAGGGUUGAUGAGCCCAGGGACGGGGUAUAGACAGAUAUGUGGAUGUCAACGAAUGCAAGCUCAAGGUUAGUCUCUAGAAGUAAGACAGGAUGUGAUGAUUCUUGUGGCUGGACACAGUAUAAAUUAACAAAAUGACCACAUUGCGCUGUCCUAAACACUCAGUGACUACAGUAAUUCAUCAUCAGUGUACGAUGAUAGGGUAACAAGCAGUACUACUAAAUAGAGUUAUCUUCUAGAAUAGAGAGUCACGUCAUCAGAAUAUAUAGGUGAUGAAGCUUUCACAUCCCCUUAACUUAAGAAACACCCUAUAUCACUAUUAAUCAUUUGGUGGUCAGUUUCUAUAAAUGUAAAUGACUAUUUGUCUAAUUAAAAAAUAAAAUGCUAAUAAUUAUUUUAUUGAUCUUUACCUCUAACUAUAGCCACAAAAAGGAUAAGAUAUUUGUGAAUAACCCCCAAGCUACUAGGUAAAAAGGAACAUGAAAUUAAUGUUUUGAAAGGUGUAAGUGAGUAUUUUCUACAGCUGUCUAUGUUAACUUUUCUUUCAUCAUUCUGCACUGUUUCUUGGAGCUGCAGCAGAUGAAGGACCAGUAGCGGCAUUAUGAUUUUUUAGCUCUCUGAAGACAUGACCAUUUGUACAGUUAUGAUCCCUCUUUUUACAUGCUGAUUUCUACAGACUGUAUUGCAAAAUGCAGAGAUUCAAGGAACUUUUGUUUAAUAAUUUUGACUUGAAUAUUACUUUUUUACUUGAAAAUUGCAUAUUCCUUUAUAAACUCAUUGUAUAAGGUAAUUUUAUUAAGGUAUGAUAAAAGUCACUUUAAAGUUGUGGUAUUUCCAUCUUAAUAAA